ACCUCAGUACUGGCCAGCAGCGCAUUACGAAUGCGAGGAUCGGAGCCGGAGCUGCACGCGCACGUUGCGACGCUCCAGUCCCGGGGCGGAACCCUGCCCUCGUACGGGCGGUUUGGGGUCACGGAGUUUAGCUGGCCCUAACGAUCAGGGCGUGUCGGCCGUAGGCCGCAGGAUGGCCCACCUCUCCGACGUGCGGCUGCAAAGCAAGGGCUGCCUGACAUUCAUGGCCCAUCAUUUCGUCACUCGUCGAGCUGGAUGGUCGCCCGGUGGCCUCCGACCUGCCCAUCGGUCGUGAUUAACGGCCGACUGGAGACGGCUAGCUAUGCGAAGAGUGGCUCUGGCGGGUGCAGCGCUAUGCCGGAUGGAGGGAAUGGUUCGAUCGGAUCGAGCAGACGAACCCGCCGCGUAGCAGCGGAAAGGCUCAGACACGCGCGUUGGAGCAGGAUAGGGCGUGCUGCCGGCGGUGCCCCCUUUGCUUCAUCCAGCAGUCCUCGAUGCGAGCGUCCGAAUCAGCCCGGGCGCAUACCACGCACGGCAAGCUCCCGGGCAGUCGCGGAUCCACCGCGGUCCCGCGCCAAGGGUCUUGGGAUCACGGGUAUGGAUGGGAUAGCCACGGCUGUGCAGAUCACAGCCCUGCGAUGCAGCGAACGAGCGACUUCCCGACUGCACCUGACUGUACAGCUGGGCCCACUGACAAAGCAAGCCACGCCAUCGCUCCCGUCGCUAAUGAAUUGCCCAACUCAGGACAGUCGUGGCAGCCUGCCUUUUAUCAAGUUUUAAGCGAAGGCUUAACCCGCUGAGUCACUCCAGGCAUAUCUCGACACUGCCGUCUACGCACCUCUUUCGUGUCCGCUGCCUAACACCACAGUGUUCACGAGCAAUACCCGGUGGGUUGGUGUAUGCUCCCCCACUCGCAUCAACAACAAGUGUGUUAUAAAUCCCGCGGGUUUUUGCAAAGUCCGCG